UCAACAUGUCGGUUCAGAUCUCGUGUGAGUUGGUACUGUUAGUAUUUAGUUAUUUCCGCCGGUCUACAAUGUGGAAGUAAUAAUUUCAACAAGUGUACUGGCUAUGGCUAUGCAAACUGCUGUUGUCUAUGGCCGUUUAAUUGCUUCACAUGCUAGACAAUUUGUGGCACCGCUUCUGAAACGACAGAACUCUUCGAAGCUUCAACUAAUCACCGCGAGUUGUGGGUUUUCAAAAGACCUUGCUCCAGGGAAAAGCAAGUUCUUAUACGGAGAAGAUGCCUUCUUUGUAGCCAGGAAUAGUGCCUCUGACGUGCUAGGGGUCGCUGAUGGAGUGGGCGGAUGGCGUCAAUACGGAAUUGACUCUUCACUCUUUUCAAGUGCUUUAAUGGAAAGCUGUAAAAGAUUUGUAAUAGAAGGAGGUCUGGAGACACCAUCCCCAAUAAAUGUUAUCAGAGCAGGAUUUCAAGAACUCACCGAGCAUAAAGAGCCACUAUUUGGUAGCAGCACUGCUUGUAUAAUGGUUCUAGACAAGAAAAGCCAGAUUCUUCAUUCAGCAAAUCUUGGAGAUUCUGGAUUUUUGGUAAUCCGCCAAGGUUCAGUAGUGCACCAGUCAUCUGAACAACAGCAUUAUUUUAACACACCUUAUCAGCUGGCAAUUCCACCUCCAGGACAAGCUGGAGCUGUGAUACAAGACAGCUUGGAUGCAGCAGAGAGUACGUCCUUCAGUGUUGAAUAUGGAGAUUUAAUUGUGUUGGCUACUGAUGGCUUGUUUGAUAAUGUAUCAACAGAACAAAUACUUGAGGAAUUGUCACAACUUGAGGACCACAGCACAGAAAGUAUACAGCACAUUACAGACUCGAUAGCAAAUUUAGCAAGAACCUGUUCAUUUGAUCCAAACUAUUUGUCUCCAUUUGCCCAGCAAGCUAGAGGUGAAGGCAUAAAUAUCACUGGUGGAAAACCAGAUGACAUAACAGUCCUUAUUGCUGUGGUGACAGAGAUGGGAGAGGAUACAGACACCUGAUAAUCAUUCACUUCCUUUAGAAGAAGUGAUUGUACUUUUUCCUCCUACUCCUCUUAUACUGCAUAUUCUAUGAACCAUCAUUUGGUGAGCAUUCAGUUAUUUCAUAGACAAAUACACCCUGUAGACUUACACAUUAGUUAUUUCUUAAGUAUGGAUAAUUUGGUUAGCAUUCUGUUAUUUCAUAGACAAACACACCCUGUAGACUUACAUCAGUUAU